GUGCACCUGGGUAUUUUCAUGUGGAUUUAUUUAGUAUUUGUAGAGUUAUUGUCCUUGACUUUGUAAAAAUUUGCAAUUUUCAACUUGUGUAGAUUAAAAAGUAUUUGACAUAGGGUCAUGAAACUUUACAGGAAUGUUGAUCAGCAAGUGAAGUUGUGCACUUUGGGUUUCGCUUGUGAAUUUAUAUGUUGUGUCAGAGUUAUUGCCCUUGCCUUAAUGAAAAUUUGUAAUUUUCUAUUUGCGUCAUGUGAAGCUCAAAAUGUAUUUAAACUAAUCAUGAAACUAACAGGAAUGUUGGUCAGCAUGUGGAGUUGUGCACCUUGGGUUUCGCUUAUGGAUUUAUCCAGUAUUUGUAGAGUUGAUUUAGUAAAAACCGUUUCAUUAUGUUGUGCUAUUUGUUCCUUGAGUGCUUGAGUAAGAAUCAACCAACUUUACAGAUAUGAUUAUCAACAUCACUGUGAAGCUAUGCACCUGAAAGCUAUGUCAGCUUCAUUUUGGCACCAGUUUUGCGGCCAUGGGGAGAACUUUACCACAUGGAAGAAUGGGGACUUUGGUCACUGCUUUGAGCAAAUAGUUGUGAUAUGUCCUAGCUAUGUUAUAUUGGCAAUAUUUAGCUCAUAUUACAUUGCUGCAGCUAAACAUAAUUCUCGCGGAGCUUUCCUACCUUUACCAUGGUAUGUGAAAUACCGUUUUUUGUGUACAUUAUUACUGUGUGUAUUAUCAACUGUGCAGGUUGUGCUAACAAGAAUCUUGAACCAGAUAACAGUGAGCUAUGCUGACAUUGUGACAUCAUGUAUUUUAUCAAGUGGCUGGUUGAUUCAUAGUGUUUAUGUAUACAGACUGAAAUAUUUAGUUUGGAGCUCAUGGCGAGGUGCCUUUCCUAUGGUUCUAAUAUAUUUACUGUCUCUUAUCUCACUUGGUGCCCAGCUCCAUACAAACAUAGUGCAAAGGUUGAACAAUUCACCUAGUCAUAAUAAUGUUGAAGAAUUCUCUGUUUAUGUAUCAGGGUUUUUACAGAUUUCAUACUUGUGUACACUCUUUCCUAGGGGAGAACGUGUCACCCUUGUUGAUGAUGACAUUUAUUAUAGAGCUAUUAAUGAGAGUGUUGAUGAAAGUAGUUCUUUAUUGGAGGGAUCACGGAGAUCUUACCGGAGCAUAUCACAAAGAAGUAGCACCGUUGUGACAGCUGAGUAUGACGUCAAUUGUAUUUCAUGGUUAACAUUCCACUGGGUGCGACAGCUUCUAGUAAAAGGAGCAAAGAAAUCUAUAAAAAGUGCAAAUGACUUAUUCUUUUUGCCAGUAAGAUUGAGCACAUACAAUAUUUAUACAAAAUUUACCUAUAUAUUAACUGGAAAAUGGGAUGAUAGGUUUCAAAGGAAGGAAAGUUAUUCUUCAAGAUCAAGUCUUAGCUCUAGCAUUAAUAGCAUUCCUGAUGUUCAGUUUUCUCAUACAGGUCCUAAUACAAGACAUUCAUUCUCAGAUGAUUCAAAUUUUAAACCUUUGAGCCUGUUAAAGGCAUUGAAUAAAACUUUUGGUUUUGAGUAUUUUUUAUUAGGUAUUUUAAAGCUUUUAACUGACUGUCUUGGUUUUGCUGGACCAAUUUUACUAAACUUAUUAGUUUCAUAUAUGGAGACUAAGUCAGAAAAGGAAGAGAAUGGGUAUUUAUAUGCUAUGGGUCUGUUUUUAUCAACGUUACUAGGAGCAUUUUGUUCAACACAGUUUGAUUAUAACUGUAAUGUGGUAGGGUUGAAGAUACGGACGGCCAUUAUAUCAACUAUAUACAGGAAAUCUCUGUCAGUGAGCAGUAGUGUCAGUGUAGGAAAGUUUACAAGUGGGCAGAUUAUUAAUUUCAUGAGCACAGAUACAGACAGAAUUGUGAAUUUUUGUCCAAGUUUUCAUGCUGUGUGGAGUCUACCUUUCCAGAUUGCUGUUUCAUUGUAUCUUCUACAUCAACAGGUUGGGCUUGCAUUUUUAGCAGGUUUAGCAUUUGCCCUGAUCUUGAUUCCUAUUAACAGAUGGCUAGCAAAGAAGAUAGGUCAACUGAGUACAGCUAUGAUGGAACAAAAAGAUAACAGAGUCAAGGUAAUGAAUGAGGUAUUGUUUGGGAUGAGAGUUGUCAAGUUUUAUGCCUGGGAAGAACAUUUUGAGACCAAAAUAAAUACAUUAAGAGAUGCUGAAUUGAAAAGUCUUAAGGGAAGGAAAUAUCUGGAUGCUAUGUGUGUUUAUUUCUGGGCUACAACACCUGUCCUGAUAUCAAUUCUCACAUUUACUACAUAUUCUUUGAUGGGCAACCAGCUUACAGCUGCUAAGGUGUUCACAAGCCUUUCUUUGUUCCUGAUGUUGAUAAGUCCCCUGAAUGCGUUUCCAUGGGUGAUAAAUGGAUUAGUGGAGUCAUGGGUCUCUCUAAAGAGAGUUCAAGCUUUCAUUGCACUGAAAGAUUUUGAUCCUGAGCACUAUUACUCAUCUAAUACAGUGUUACCUAGUGACUGUGCAUUAAAUAUCAGAGAUGCUGAGUUCUCUUGGAAGGAAACUGAUGAAGAAUCUUGGAAAGAUAAAAAGAACAUAAGAAAGGAACCAGACAGAAAUAGAGCAUCAAGCCAGGAGCCAGUUCUAAAUGAUAUUCCAGAGAGGAAGAGGAAACUGACCCAGGAACCAGCUGAAAAAAAUAGUAAUGAUAGGAAAGGAUCAACAAGCCAGGAUCAAGACAUUCAAACUGAAUCACAGGGAACUACACUUAGUCUGGUGGAUAUUUGUAUGCAUGUUACAAAAGGUCAGUUUAUUGGUGUAAUUGGUAAAGUUGGCUCUGGAAAAAGCUCACUACUUAGCUGCAUGCUAGGUGAGAUGCACAGGGUCAGAGGUCAUAUUAGGGUAAAUGACCUUGAACUUGGUUUUGCUGUGGCAGCACAAGAGCCAUGGAUACAGCAUGCUACUAUUAAGGACAACAUUCUCUUUGGAAGACAGUUUAACAGCAGAAAAUAUGAAAGAGUUAUUGAUGCCUGUGCCUUGAUAGAAGAUUUUAAGACAUUACCAGCUGGUGACCUGACAGAGGUAGGAGAAAAUGGUGUAACUUUGAGUGGUGGUCAAAAAGCUAGAGUGGCAUUAGCUAGAGCUGUUUAUCAGAACAAAGAUGUGUUUCUGUUGGAUGACCCAUUAUCAGCAGUUGAUGCUCACGUUGCCCAACACUUGUAUCAGAAAUGCAUCAUGGGAUUGCUAUGGGGGAAGACCCGUAUAUUGUGUACACAUCAUACAAAAUAUCUAGUCAAUGCUGACCAGAUUAUACUGAUGAAUGAUGGGAAAAUUGUCAAAACAGGAUUACCAUCAGAAAUUUUGAAUUCUGAGGAACUUGCAUCUUUGAGAACUGCAGAGGAACAAGUCACUGAGUCACAUGAUCUUGAAUCACCAAUGGCAACUGAGGAUGGUUCCCUGGUUGAGGAGGAGGAGAAGGAGACUGGUGUAGUGAAGCUAGGAAUCUAUCAGUCAUACUGGAGGGCUGUUGGUACCUGUCUUGCUCCCAGUGUUCUUUUAGCUCUAUUUUUCAUGCAAGCAUCAAGAAAUAUAAAUGAUUGGUGGUUGUCAUAUUGGGUCUCACAUUCACAGAAACCAGGUGAAAUUGUAUCUAACCAUUCCAAGUCAACAUUCCUACUUUAUCAUGAUACAUAUACUGACCUUCAAUCUGACAUAUCAAGGAUGGUAACAAUCAACAACAGUAUAUAUAAUAUGACUACUGCAGGAGAUAACAUAGUGUUUUAUCUGACAGUAUAUGGAUGUCUAGCUGCAGCAAACUCUAUAUUUACUUUGUUUAGAGCAUUCCUGUUUGCCUAUGGUGGAAUAUGUGCAGCACAGACUAUACACAGAAAAUUACUGAGUAACAUUUUAAAGGCUCCAGUAUCCUUCUUUGAUGUAACUCCAAUUGGCCGCAUCGUGAACAGAUUUUCAACUGAUGUGUUUUCUAUAGAUGAUUCUCUACCAUUUAUCAUGAAUAUAUUUCUUGCUCAAAUCUACGGUAUACUUGGGACCAUUGUUGUUACUUGCUAUGGAUUACCUUGGUUUGCAGUGCUUCUUCUUCCAUUAGGGUUGUUGUAUUAUAAGAUACAGAAUUACUACAGGCAUACGUCCCGUGAAAUUAAAAGGAUCUCAAGUGUAACAUUGUCACCUAUAUACGCUCAUUUCUCCGAGACUAUUUCUGGUAUGACUACAAUCAGAGCUAUGAGGGAACAAGAAAGAUUUCAGAAAGAGAAUCUUGAUAAACUGGACACAAACCAGAGAGCUGUAUACUCUGCCCAGGCUGUUGCUAGCUGGUUGUCAUUCUAUCUUCAGAUGUUAGGCGUUGCCAUGGUAACAGGAAUAUCAUUUAUAGCUGUACUAGAACAUCAUUUUCAGACUGUCAACCCAGGGCUGGUUGGACUGGCCAUAUCUUAUGCUUUAUCAGUAACCAAUCUGUUAAGUGGUGUGGUGAACUCGUUUGCUGAGACUGAAAAACAGAUGGUCAGUGUAGAAAGAGCACAGCAGUAUAUUGAUGAUGUUCCAAAUGAAAGAUUAGAUGGUUCCCUACUGCCACCACCCUACUGGCCACUGCAGGGUUCAAUAGUUUUCCGUCAUGUAAAAUUAAAGUACAGAAGUAACCUCACAGCUGCACUUGACAAGGUCUCAUUUGAAGUGGAACCAGCCGAGAAAGUUGGCAUUGUAGGACGGACUGGUUCCGGAAAAUCUAGCUUAUUUCUAGCCUUGUUUAGAAUGGUGGAAAUAUAUAAAGGAAAUAUAUUUGUUGAUGGUAUAGAUCUGAUUCACUUGGAUUUAAAAGACAUAAGGUCAAGGUUAGCUAUCAUACCUCAGGAUCCAUUCCUGUUUAGUGGCACAGUACGAGAAAAUCUUGACCCUACAGGGAUGUAUAAGGACAGCGAGUUAUGGUCAGUGUUAGAAAAAUGUCACCUUAAAGAAGUUGUACAGCGGUUAGGGGGUCUCUGUGGUGAUGUUGCAGAAAGGGGCCGUCAUUUCUCAGUUGGGCAGCGUCAGCUGGUGUGCCUGGCUCGCGCUUUGUUAACAAAAGCUAAGAUAUUAUGUAUAGAUGAGGCAACAGCAAGUGUGGAUUUGGAGACCGACAUGCUAAUACAGCAAACCAUUCGCUCGGAGUUUGUUGAUAGUACAGUUCUUACAAUAGCGCAUAGAAUAAACACUAUAAUGAACAGUGACAGAGUUCUGGUAAUGAAUGAUGGGAAAGUGGCAGAAUUUGCUCCUCCAGGGCGCUUGCUACAGACUCAAGAUACAUUAUUCUAUAAACUAGUCCAUGGUCAUUAGAUUUGAUUAUUGUUUUACAUAUUGUUGUUUUGAUACACCAUGCUUGUAGCAGAAUGUGUCAACCUUUUUAUUGUGCGUAAAACCGUCAAUCUUCAGUACUGUUUUAAAACCAUGUUAAGAAAAACCAUUAUUGUAAUGAUGAUUUUUAGUUCAACAGAACCUAAGGUUAAGGAUGAGCUAUUAAAAUAGUCAAGGCGAUGCUACAUGUUUUUUGCCUGUUUGUUGUCCAUAGUGCUUUUAGGUCUCAUCUAAAAUAAUUUUGGCGAGUCAUUUUAAGGGCAUAUUGAACCUCAAUUAGAAGUAAGCUUCCAACAUUUAUGUAAAAAAUUUAUUAUUGGUGGAAAACCUAAGUCUGUGACACUUCCUGAUAGUGCUACUAAGUAUUUUGAAUAAUAUUAGAUAAAUAUUUUGGGGAGUGAUUCAAGGCAACCAUUGCUCUCUUAUUGGUCAAGUAAUUUUGUUAGAUAGUAAAUUAACCAUGAAAUACUGUUGUCUUGGUUAUUGUCUCAUGAUAAGAUUUACAAAAUUUUACCUGCCUGUAAAACAUAGCAGCUAUAAGAUGUGAUCUUAAAUCUAUACUUUUUUAGCAUUACAUAAUUAUUUGACUUACUGUCACUUACAUAUUUAUGAACAAGCUUUUUAUGUGUUUUUUUUUUGUUGUUGUUUAAAUUUGCAAACAGUGUGUAUUAUACAUUUUAUUGUGAUAAUAGUUGUAACCGCUUAAAACCAUUUUUAUAUUUAUUCUAUUUGUUUAUCUAUUUCACACAGUAAGUGCACAAACAUAAUAUUAAUGGAUUUGUUAAAAAGAAAUACAGAACUCAAAUAAUGGUUAACUAAAGUGCACAUGUUAUGUGAUUAUGUAAAACUGAAAUAAUGGUUUGGAAAAAAAAUGUGGUUUCAACUUUACCUAUGCAAAAAGUGUGUUUUUUUCUAUCCAAGUUAAAGGUUCAUUUUAUGAACAAUUCAUUAAAUUAAUUUAAUUGAAAAUAAGAAUUGUUUAUAUUUCAGAGAUGUACAUGCCAUAAUUUGGAGAAAUAUUUUAUUGUUCUAAUGGCAUAUCUGCAUAGAUUUUUCAGUAUCAAAUGUUGUGUAUCCAUGAAGUCAAAGCUGAGUCAGCCACUGUGCCAAAAGUCCAAAUUGAGAAUUAUUAAAGUCUCUUAAUCAUUUUAUAUAUAAACAGCACACAUUUAUAAUCAAGACAGUAUACAUGACAUGGUUGUCUCUAAAAUUGUGCUUAAUUCAAUAACUGUUUGUUUGUUUGUUUGUUUCAUUUUACGCCUUUUUCCAACAGUAUUUCAGUCAUAUAGGCGGGUUGUUUCCUAUCCAUCAUUCCUGGAGAGUUACACCAGUAAUUUAAUAAUUAGUUUGCCUGUUCGAAGAAAAGGGAAAGCUAUUGUACGCACCAAGGUAUUGGCAUUGCACUUUGGGUAAGUUUUUGCAAGCAAAUUGGUAUCUCAAAAGUAUUGAAGGGAAUGGGUUGAAACUUCAUACACUUUUUGAGAGCAUAAUCAAAUGUCACUGUCCAAGGUCCAGAACCCUAACAUGGAUUUUGACAUAAUUAUGGCUCUUUUUGAACUUAUAAAAAUCUACAUUAUCUAGGUUCUUGCUUUACUAUCAAGCACUGAGAAUAGUCGAGCACUCAGUCCUACCAACAACUCUUGCUCUAUUUACAAGUAUAUAUACCACUAGUAUGUUAACCAUGUGAACAACACCCAGUGUUGAUUAAUUUUAUGGUUUAAAUUAACUGUAUUAUAUCACUUUAUUUCACACACACUUGUUUAGAAUAAGUGUUUCACAAUAAAUUGAUUGUUCAGCUAUUAUAUGGAAGGUUGGUUGUUCCAAUCUGGUGACUUCAAUGAGAAUUCCUACACAAAUUAAGCUAAAAACUACCCAUAUGACUUUGACAGUUUCUGUGUUACUGCUGUGUAUUACCUCUGCCCCUCAUGUUCUAUUUUACCUUAAUCAAAAAUUAACAUUAUAAGUGUAAGGUUUUUAGCUCGACUUUUCGAAGAAUAUGAGAGCUAUUGUAGUCGGCGUCAGCGUCUGCGUCGGCGUCUGUGUUGGUUAAAGUUUUUUGUAAAGUCAAAUAUCUCAAUUAUUACUUGAGAUAUUCAAUUGAAACUUACAAUACUUAUUUAUAGUUACAAGGUACAUCAGAUUGACAAGUUGGAUAACUCUGCCUACAAUAUUGACAGAAUUAUGCCCCUUUUUAACUUAGAAAUUUUAGUUAAAGUUUUUUGUAAAGUCAAAUAUCUCAAUUAUUGCUUGAGAUAUUCAAUUGAAACUUACAAUACUUAUUUAUAGUAACAAGGUACAUCAAAUUGACAAGUUGGAUAACUCUGCCUACAAUAUUGACAGAAUAUUAUGCCCCUUUGGAACUUAGAAAUUUUGGUUAAAGUUUUUUUGUAAAGUCAGAUAUCUCAAUUAUUGCUUGAGAUAUUCAAUUGAAAUUUAAAAUACUUUUUUAUAGUAACCAUGUACAUCAGUUUGCAAAAUUGUUUAACUCUGCCUGCAAUAUUUGCAGUAUUUAUUUACCCCUUUGAAACUUAGAAAUUUUGGUUAAAGGUCUUCAAAGAUAUUUACUUGAAACUUUGCACAUGCACUUAGGGUCAUAAUAGGAGGGUCAUAAUUGUAUGUCACUGACCAAGUUCCAUAACUCUAUCUUGUAUUAAGCCUAAUUCAUAUCCCCUUUUCUACUUAAUCUCUUAGUUAAUGUUUACAUGCAAGUUUUACAUAUCUCAAUAACUAUUAAAGAUAUUUAUUUAAAACUUCACAUAUGCAUUUAGGGUCAUAAUUGUAGGUCACUGACAAAGAUCUAUAAUUCUAUCUUGCAUUUAGGCUGAUUUUUCUCCCCUUUUUCAACUUAGAAAUUCAUGGUAAAGUUUUGCUUGUAAGCUGUUAUCUCAAUAACUACUGAAGGGUUUGUGCCUUUUUUGGGACAAUUUUAUGCAUUCAUAAUAAUAAAGCAGUGAUUUACUUGAUAAAACAUCUUAAUAACAAGCCUUUGUACCUUUUCUAUCAAAUUUAUGUAUUCAUAGGUAAUUAGUAUUAUUAUACUCAAUAAAACACCCUUGUGACAUUACCUUCCGAAUAGUCAAGUCAAUACUGUAUAAUUAGACUCUCUCUAAGGCCUAUAACAUGAAUUUAUAAAAAAAAAUUAGCCCUUUUGUGAACUUAAAAAUUUAACAUUAUCAAGGCUCUUUUACUAUCAAGCACUUAGAAUAGUCGAGCGUGCUGUCCUACAGACAGCUCUUGUUUUUUAACUAUUGCAUAACCAGCCUAUUGUCAGUUUAUUGAUAUACUAUCACCAGUUAUUUCAGUAUAAUACCAAAUAUAGUAAUUAUUAUAUAACAUGAAAGUGGCAUCUUACAAAUAUUAUACUAAAAUCAAAGAUAUAUUGAAUAAUGUUGAAUAAAUUAUUUUGAAAAAGAAUACUCUAGUAAGUGAACUUUAUCAGGUUCAGUUAAUUGCUGGACCACUGACAAAAUAAUGACAGUAUCUAACAACACAAACAGCUGGAAAUAAUCUUUCCAUAAGCUUACAGUAAAAGAUUUUUUAACAAAACUCUGUGAAAUUAGUGUACGUUCAGUGGUGUCAGAUCCCCUAAUAAUCUAAACACCAAAAGGUAAAAUAUUGUCAAUUUGUUAACAUGAUUUAUGUCAAUUAGAUUUCAGAUGUUUUGUCUAUACUUUAUAGCUAUUAAUCUGAAAUCAAUCUCGAAAUACACCAACUGUGGGCUGGUUUGUCCAAAGUCCAUAAAAGUUGUAGUGGAUGUGUAAUUAAAUAUCAUCUGUUUCAUGUUAACCCCUUUAAAAUCAUCACAGGAAGUCCAAAUCUCAGAUUUAUUAUUGCUGAAAGUUUCCUAAUGUCAAAAUUUUAUUCGCAUGAAAAUUGUGUACAUUGUCCUUGUAAACAAGUGUAAUUCCAUCAGUGUUGCAUUUGAUUACCAAUAUAAUGUUUUCAGUUUCUUUACAUAUGAUGCCAAUUUGUUAUUCUGUUAUCCCCAGUUCACAUCUAUUUUAUGGUCAAUACUAGAUCUGAUUAUUUCUCUUUAGUCAUUAGAGAUAGCCACAAACUUAAAUGUAAUAAGACACAACCUUGAUGUAAAAUUUCUAAUUUCUUCAGUACUUGUAAUAAGAGUAAUCUGACAAAAUGACAAGCCUGUUUAAUCUGUUUGUUUAUAUUUCCCAAUGUUCAGUUAAUUUCUAUGAUAUUUUUACAUUUUCUGUUUAUUUUCAUCUGUUGAUAGUCAACCUAUAAAUGAACCUUUUUAGAUUCUAUAGUUUUAUGUUAUCACUAUUAAUAUCUCCUGUUGUGAAAAUCUUGGGGUCAUGACAUGAAUUACUUCCUCUGGAAAUCCAACAAGGAGUUGUUGUUUUUUGGGGUUUUUUUGCAAUGUUUUUUUUGUGAUUUUGUUUUAAGUGCAUGCCUUUUGUUGUCAUGAACUUUUUUUGAUGGUUAUUUAGCCAUUGUUAUGUCAGAAACUCAGAAUAAUCUUUUACUUCAUAACAGAGAGGAUACAUUAGCAAUGAUUUUUGUUCAUUUUUAACAUCACUUACACUGUUUGACAUUAAGUUUCAUUCAUUGAUUAAUAUUUUAGAUAUUUGGUAAACAUGUAGCAGGAAUGAAUCUGCACUUUGCUGGGUUCAGGGUCUUUCAAAUAUAAAUGACUCAGAAGUUUUUAAGGUCACUUCCGUCAAUAUCAAGGUCAAUGAAGACAGUUUAAUGUAUGUUAUCAGUACAAUGUAUCUUAGAUAUUUGUUAGUAAGUAAGUACAUCACACUGACCUCUACAUUGCUGAGGGGUUUGUGUUUGAUUGGAUUAAUGAGAAUGUUGAAAUGGUAAAAAAUGUUAAAUUCUUUUAAAUUGUUUGUCAAUGUCAAAACAUAAUGAAACAUUCAGUGGUGUUACCAAUAUUCUUGAUUUAUGUAAAAGGGACUGUGAGAUAUUUCUCAAAGAUUUUUUUGUCAGACUUUAUUUAUUUAGAAUUUGGACUUUUUAAUUUAGUGUACAUACUAAAAGCAUAAUGCAAGUACUUUGUACUAAAUUGAAUGUUUGCAGUUUUACUAAUAAGCUUUCUUGAAUUGAUUUUGUAAAAUAACAUUAUACUGUUUUUAUGCAAAACUGGUUGUUGUGAAGCCCAGUUUGUCCAAAUGUUUUUUAUCAAUGUAUUUUUUUUUUGCUUUUUUAUUUUUCCACUUUAUUUCAAUUGUUAAUCAGGAAUAUCAUUCAAUCCUAUAAUAAUUAUGCUUUUUACAUGUAUAUGCAUGUUUGAAAAAAAGUUGGUUGUUUUAUGUAUCCUGGUGGGCCAUGUCCAGAUUUGUCUUAUACAUGCAUGGAUGGAUUUAGUAUUUUAUAAUACAAAUGUUGACCACCAUGAGAUGUAGUGUCAUGCUCAUCAUACAUGUCAAGGUCACACUUCCAGGUCAAAGGUAAUUGCUUGUCUAGAACAGAAAUCUACAUGCAUUGAAGAAUUUGAUAUAACUUUGCAUGUAAGCCGGAGUGUCGCACCAAUAUUCAGGUGUCAGUCUUCAAGGUCAAACUUAGAUUUCAAAUAUAUGAAAAUAUAAAAAUGUUUGUACUGUCAAUGUAAUUGUCUUGAUUUGAUGGAUUGUAUUAAAAUGACUGUGAUGUACCUGCAUAAUCCAGGACAAUAUAUGCAAGGUCAAGGUCACCAGAGAUGAUGAAAUGUUAAUAUUUAACCCUGAACAUAUCUUCCACACGAAUGGAUUUUAAGUAUGACUUGAUACAAAUGCUCACCACUAUAGCACCUAUUGUCUGAGCAUACCUCAUGUCUCUAGGUCAAAGGUCAAGGUCAUAGGAAAAUGCUUGUCUGGAAAAUAAACUUCUACAUGCAUUGAGGGAUUUUGAUGUAACAUGGCACAAAUGUUCAGAAUUUGAGCUGGAAUGUCGCACACAAAAUCCAUGCCCCUAUGUAUCCGACACAAAUAUGAAAAUGAAUGUAUGGACAAUACAAAAGUCAUGAAUUGAGGAAUUAUAUCAAAAAUGUAUUCAGUCAUGGGACAAAAUCUUACUUAAUGUGUGUGAGAUCAAGCUCACCAGAGACACAAUGAAAUGUCAAGAUUUUAUUGUGAGCAUAUUUAUUGUAGGCAUGAUUGGAUUACUUGAAUUAUCACCAACAUUAGAAAUAGUGGUGAACCCAUGAAGUAGGUCGAUUGGUCAAGGACAUAGUAAGUGGUGAGGAAAAUAUAUGCAUUGGGAGAUUGUUAUAUAACUUGGCAUAAAUGUUCAAUAUUGUAAGUUGAAGUGUUGUGUGCAAAAAAUUAUUAAAUGAGGGAUUUUAAUAAAAAUGUUUAUUAUGAGACUGAGCCUUUUUUUGAUGGGCACAUUUUGUGACUAUUGCACUUUUGUUCUUUUUUGUUGUCAUUAUAUUUUAAAACCUUGUUACAAUCAUUAACUUGUUUUUAUUAAGUCAUGCUAUAUUUCAAUACUUUUUGUAGCAUACAAUUAGAUAUAUUUUAUUGCAUGCUUUUUAUUUGUUUAUUUUUUGACCUCCUUUCUCUGUGAUAAUAGCUUGGGUUGUGCAAUAAAAUGACUCCAGCAA